GGUGACUUAGGGCAGGAUCAUAUAUACUUUAUUACAGAACAAGAGUUUCAUCUUUGAGUUUUUUUAUCCCAUUACUAUUAAAGAAGACAGGAUGGCGUAAUAGUAUGUACAUGCUUUCUGGACUUUCUAUUUGUCUUGCUUUAUUUGGUGCAUGUUUAAUUUCAAGAAAAAAUCAAAAAAGUGCAUCAACAUCUACUUAUUUUACUGAUACAUUACCAAGAAGUAUAUUUGAAGAUGUUAAACUUCCAGUACAAUUAUUUGGUUCAACAAAAGAAUUGAAUUCAGCGAUUAAAUUGACAGAUCUUGUCGAUGUUAGAUAUGGUCAUCAUUUAUUAGGUAGUCUUGGAUCAUAUUUCUACAUGACACAAAUAAAUCAAAUUCAUUUAAAAGAAUUAAGAAAGAAGAAGAAAGCUUUAAGUUUAUUGAUUAUCCCUGAAUAUGAUUUGUAUCUGGCAGGAAUGUUGUUGCUGUCGUGUGUAUUUAUGGUACCGUUUGUUUUCAUCUACGAUUGGUUAACUAUCAAAGGAUAUAAUGCAAAUCAAAUAUCGAUUGUUUUAUUAAUGAAUGGAGUAUUCGGUGGAUUUGCUAGAUUAUUCAUUGGAAUUAUCUCAAAUAUGAAGUGUUCUCGAACUGUGAUAAUCCUGUUAUUCUGGUUAGCAGUAUCAGGAAUUCUAUCUAUUUCGUGUACAUAUUUUAAUGAACCAUGGCAAUAUGCUAUUUACUCAGCGAUAGAUGGAAUUUGUUGUGGUGCAUAUAGUGUUCUACAACCACUUGUCUUGGUAGAAAUUUUAUCCAGAGAUCAUAUUACCCAAGGUCUUGGAAUACUUUUAUUCGUCUGUGGUUUAGGCUAUCUAUUCGGUGUGCCUAUCCUUGCAAUAGUUUAUGAUCAAUGGAAAAGUUAUGAACUAUGCUACAGGAUAUGCGGAAUAAUUUGCCUCACAGCUAGCGGUUUAGUAUUCACUAUAUGGAUGUUAUCUUAUAGAAAGGUGAGAUUAGAAAUGGCUGAAUUAAAAUUGAAACAAAAUUUGGAGAGAAGUUAUCAAAUGUACAAUAGAAGUCAAACAGAUUCAUCAUCAAGUACAAGUCAGCUGAAGGAUAUUGAAUAG